GGGGAGCACUCGAAGGCGUGUCUGCUGCUGCGGCCUCUGUACCAGCAGCACCUGGGGGAUGCUGCUGUUGCUGCUGUUUUUGCUGCUUGUCUUUUGGAAACAAAUGACAAACAAGAAGCAAGAGAAGUUCUUGAGGGGGCCCUUUACAAGUUGCUGCCUUUCAGCGACGCCCAGCGCCUCAUGCUGCAGCUGCAGGCUGACAUCCUGCAGCAGCAGCAGCAGGAUGGCCAGCAGCAGCAGCAAGAUCCCGGGGGGGGCCCCCCGGGGGCCCCCGAAGAUGAGGGUUUGGGGGUUGGAGUUGGGAGGAAAGGGGUUUUGGCAAGAACCCACCAGCCGCAGCAGCAGCAGGAACAGCAGCAGCAAACUGAAAGGGCUGCUGAAGGCCCAGAGCCCCACUCGUCCACAGACAAAGAGCGCGCCCAGCCAUCUGAAGCCGACUCCACAGCAGCAGCAGCAGCACCCAGCAGCAGCAGCAGCAGCAGCAGCAGCAGGAGUUUGCUGCAGACGAUGGACCAGCAGCAGCAAGAGUGUCUGCAGAUGCUGUGCAAACUGGACUCCGACGAAGGCCGCUACAGCCACUGCCUUUCUCUUGUUGCUGCUUUCUUGGGGGGGGCCCCUCUUGCUGCUGCUCCCCUACCCCUUGCACUUCUUGCUGCAGCAGCAAGCAUCAGGACCCACCAGCUGGAAUGUUCAGCGGAGGUCGAAGCUCGGCUGAACGCGGCGGCGCUGAGACGGCGGCCUUCGCCAGAAGCAGCAGCAGCAGCAGCAGCGGGUGGAACGGGAGCUGGAGGGAUAAGGAGAUGA